UCCAAUUCCCUUCCCCAAUCCAGCAAGCACAACCAUGGCGGCCGCUGUCCUCCUCCUCCUCCUCCUACCGGCCCUCGCCGCCGCCCAGGCCCAGGCCCAGCAGAUGCGGACCUUCUCCGCCAACGACACCAAUUGGAGCCCCGCCGAGAGCAACCGCACCCUCGUCUCCAACAACGGGGACUUCGCCGCCGGAUUCCGGCCCUCCCCCUCCUCCCCAGCCAAGUUCUGGUUCGCCGUCUGGGUGAGCGCCAACGCCAACGAGUCCAGGCCGGUCGUCAUAUGGUACGCCCACAACGACGACCACUCCGCCGUGGAGGGCGACGCCAAUUCCGUGCUCUCCAUCGACGCGGCGGGGAAGCUGUCGUGGAGCGACAACGGCAACAGCACCACCCUUUGGUCCCGCAACUUCAACUCCACGAGUGCCCCUUUGUCUCUGAACGACUCGGGGAGCCUCGACCACGGCGCCUGGUCCAGCUUCGGGGAGCCGACGGACACGCUGAUGGCGUCGCAGGCCAUCCCCAGCAUUAGCAACGGCACCACCACCACCACCAGCAUCACCCUGCAGUCCCAGAACGGCAGAUUCCAGCUGUUCAACGCCCUCACCCUGCAGCACGGCUCCUCCGCCUACGCCAACAUCACCGGCAACACCGCCCUGCGCAACCUCACCGCCGACGGCACGCUGCAACUCGCUGGUGGCAAUCCCUCCCAGCUCAUCGCCUCCGACCAGGGCUCCACUCGCCGCCUGCGCCGCCUCACCCUCGACGACGACGGCAACCUGCGCCUCUACAGCCUGCAGUCCAAGAAAGGGCAGUGGCGGGUGGUAUGGCAGCUGGUGCAGGAGCUCUGCACCAUCCGGGGCGCCUGCCAAGGGGAGGCCAACAUCUGCGUCCCCCAAGGCGCCGACAACACCACCUGCGUCUGCCCGCCGGGGUACCGCCCGCAGGGCCUGGGCUGCGCCCCCAAGCUUAACUACAGCGGCAAGGGCAACGACGACAAGUUCGUGCGGAUGGAUUUCGUUUCCUUCUCCGGUGGCGCCGACACCGGAGUGUCCGUCCCCGGCAAGUACAUGACCAGCCUGACGCCGCAGAACCUGGCGGACUGCCAGAGCAAGUGCCGGGCCAACGCCUCUUGCGUGGCCUUCGGCUACAAGUUGGGCGGGGACCGGACGUGCCUGCACUACACGCGGCUGGUGGACGGCUAUUGGUCGCCGGCGACGGAGAUGUCGACCUACCUGCGGGUGGUGGAGUCGAACAACGACCCGAACAACUUCACGGGGAUGACGACGAUGAUCGACACGGUGUGCCCGGUGCGGCUGGCGCUGCCGGUGCCGCCGAAGCAGGGGCGGACGACGAUCCGGAACAUCGCCAUCAUCACGGCGCUGUUCGCGGUGGAGCUGCUGGCGGGGGUGCUGUCGUUCUGGGCGUUCCUGCGCAAGUACUCGCAGUACAGGGAGAUGGCGCGGACGCUGGGGCUGGAGUACCUCCCCGCCGGCGGGCCGCGGCGGUUCUCGUACGCGGAGCUGAAGGCGGCGACCAAGGAGUUCUCGGACUUGGUGGGGCGCGGGGCGUACGGGAAGGUGUACCGCGGGGAGCUGCCGGACCGGCGGGCGGUGGCAGUGAAGCAGCUGGACGGGGUGGGCGGGGGAGAGGCGGAGUUCUGGGCGGAGGUGACCAUCAUCGCGCGGAUGCACCACCUCAACCUGGUGCGGAUGUGGGGGUUCUGCGCGGACAAGGAGCAGAGGAUGCUGGUGUACGAGUAUGUGCCAAACGGAUCGCUGGACAAGUACCUGUUCGCUCCAGGCACCGGCACCCAAGGAGACGAAGAAGAGAGCAACAAGCGGCCUCUGCUUGACCUGCACACCCGCUACCGCAUCGCUCUGGGCGUGGCGCGCGCCAUCGCGUACCUUCACGAGGAGUGCCUCGAGUGGGUUCUGCACUGCGACAUCAAGCCUGAGAACAUCCUUCUGGAGGACGACUUCUGCCCCAAGGUGUCCGACUUCGGGCUGUCCAAGCUCACCAGCAAGAAGGAGAAGGUGACCAUGUCCCGCAUCCGUGGCACCCGCGGGUACAUGGCCCCCGAGUGGGUCAUCCACCGCGAGCCCAUCACCGCCAAGGCCGACGUCUACAGCUUCGGCAUGGUUCUGCUUGAGAUCGUCUCCGGCCGCCGCAACUACGGCUUCCGCCAGGACUCCGUCGGCAGCGAGGACUGGUACUUCCCCAAGUGGGCCUUCGAGAAGGUCUACGUCGAGCGCCGCAUCGACGACAUCAUCGACCCUCGCAUCGUCCAGGCCGAGGCCUACGACGACGACCCCGCCAGCCUCGCCACCGUCGAGCGCAUGGUCAAGACGGCCAUGUGGUGCCUUCAGGACCGCGCCGACAUGAGGCCCUCCAUGGGCAAGGUCGCCAAGAUGCUCGAGGGCACCGUCGAGAUCACCGAGCCCGUCAAGCCCACCAUCUUCUGCGUCCAGGACGACUGAUCUCUCCUAGGAGUACUCCACUUCUUGCCACGAGAGACACACAAAUUAUCUUUCUUAUUUAUUAUACUAGUACUAGUUCAGAUCAGAUCAGAGCAGAGCACUGCAUAUCCUGCGUUGUCUGAUUUGCCUGCUGGGCUCACGACAGCAACUGAGCAAGGCAAAUGUACAUGAUGAGUGGAUUACGCUUCAAAAUGAUACGCACCAUCAAAUUCGUCGGCAUC